UUUCAGGGCAAACCUAAGCUGUUGUUACCAUGGAUGAUGUGGCAAGCAGCACCAAUCUUUUAUGCUUUCAUGAGCAUCUUCACACCAAUUAAGCCACCGGUGCCUCUGAACUUGAUGUCUUUCUUGUUCGUUGUGUACUUCCUCCUGGUGGUGUUUUCCUACUACAGUGAGGUCACAACAAGAGAGAGGCCAGUAGCAGUUACAGUUGUGGCAGUAACUCAAACUCCAUCUGGAAUGACCGUCACCAUUCCUUCACCAGGAAAGGAUGAUGCUCCACCACCAUACCCAGGUUACAUUUCAGAAUUCAACCCAGCAUACAGUUCAACAGAUGAAACAUCAGCCCCUCCAUACACUGCCACGUAUAUGUCUAAUUAUGCAACUCCUCCUCCUUAUUCUCAAAUUAUUCAACAAAGUCCAGGAACUACUCAACAGAGUCCAGGAACUACCCAACAAAGCCAAGGAAACACAAGUUCAGAGCAUUCAGCACCAAACUCAAGUCAAAACAGUGCAGCUGCGUCACCAGCUGAAACCUGCAGAGAAGCAAUACCUCUGGUUAAGAAAAGUUUGCAGUCAAAUGAGUAGACUGCUUCAUGCAUUCAGCUAUCAGAAGAGAUUUGUGAAUGUGACUUGAAUUCAUAAUUACAUGCAAAUAUUAUGUAUACUAUACUUGCAACUUACUCAGUGUUUGUAAGCUGUUGUUUGAUGUUGUCAGUAUUUUUCAUGACUUUUUAAUUUGUUUGAAAGACCUUCAAUUUGAACAAAUUUCUUGUGUGAUUUUUCUUGUAUAUGAAGUAUAAGGAGAAAGGAAGACAUUAAUUUAUAUCAUAGUCUGUUAUGUAAAAACCUCCUUUAGUAAUACGAGUAUCAUAUAAAGUAAAGUCGGUAUUCAAAUGAGAAAAAAUGUCAGCUUUAACCUGUUCUAGCUGAAAGUUAUUUGCUUUUCUCCACUUCUCAGCCUUUUUUUUAACUCAUUUUGAUCUGUCACAUUCCUUUCCAUUUCAAAUUUCAAAAAUAAGGAAAAUAAUUGAAUAAUCACUGAGUUCAGUUAUCACCAUUUUGAGAGACAUUAUUGCCAGCAUAUUUUCUUAGAAACUCGGUUUCCAUUGAGUGGACUGAAGUAAAUCACUUCGUGCUGUAUCAAGUAUUUGCUAUAAUUCUUAAACAAGCUAGUCAUGUAUUUUGCAAUUUUCAUGAAACUUUAAUGUUCGAUUUACUUCUAUGGUUUCACUGUGCUACACUUCUCUGAUGUAUGCGUAUAUAAUGUAUAAAAUGGGUACAUAAUAUUAUGGUUAAUGUAUGAAUAUUGUAAGUGGGUGCUGGGGUUGGAUAAAAUGUUGCUACCAUGACAAAGGGGCUUAUCUCAGUUUUUACUAGUUUCCAGAAGUAUGAUCCAAAAUGUUUGCUCAAAUGCUUUCAAUUCAUAGCUAUCCUAGCUUGUAAAGAGAUGCCUACGCACCAUCAAUGCAGUAACCAAGUUUUCAAUAUUACAAUUGACCACAUGCUACCGGGGAAAAAGAAUAAUAAAUGGAGGAAAUUCUUCGCUCAUUUUUUAUAUUUUCGGGAAAUGUCUGCACAUUGAAGGCUCUGCUAGUACUUAACCACAAAGGAGUCAAUUAGUAGAUGUUGUGACCUUAUCUGAUUUCAACUUUCCUUGAAUUGGCAGGAAAAACUUUUUUUUUUCUAGUGUC